AGAGAAGGAAGCACAGGGGACGGUGCCUCGACAUCAGGAUCAGCAAGCCAAGUGGACGGGUCCAUCUCCGCCAGUGGGCCCAGCAUCAGGCCUCCUGGUUCUCCCGGCACAAGAAAGGUCCGGCGUUCCGCCUCCAGUUCUGACAUUGGGGAUGAUUUUGGGCGGGAUGGUGGCGAAGACGACGCCAUUUUCUUGGACAGUGGCUCCCAUGAGACCCAUUCUUUGAAUGAAGCAGAUGGAGUCUUGCGAGACAGAAGGGAAAGUAUAGAAGGCAUGACGACCAUUAGGAUCAGCCCCGAGAAAGUAUUGAACCUCCCAUCUCUAACUGCUGCACAGUUGAAGUCUAUCACGGAUCCGACCCCAGAAACAGAAGCCUACAAAUCCUUGGUGGCCAGCCUCAAGUCAAAGACUGGUUCAAGCAAGCUCAACCUAGAAGGCAAGCGAUUGGUCAGUGAAAAGGAAUGGGCUCUCCUUCAAGCAGAGAUGAGAGCUUCAAGAGAGAACCUGGGUCGGCCAUGCACAAUGUGUUCCAACUAUGAAGUCCAGCUGCAGACCAUACAAGAGGAGCUGAAGGCUGCAAAGUCUGAGCUUAUACGAUUGGAGAGAGCAUACUCUUCAGAGCAGCAGACCAACAAGAAUUUGCUCAAGUAUCAGUCGGAGCUUGAAGAGGCGCUGAAAAAUGCAGCAGAGGAUGCACAGUCGCAGAUCACACACCUGACUAACAGGUUGAUGGACUGUGAAAACUACCUGAAGGAUUUCAAGGAGCAGAUGUCCACAACACAUCUACAGCUGCAGGAUCACUGUAAAUCAUUAACUGAAAACAGAGAGGAAGUUCAAAGAGAGUUGACCAAACUACAGGAGGAAAAUGACAGUCUUGUGGACAAGUAUUCUAAAACUGCACAGCAGCUGCAGAAUGAAGACAUCAAUCUACCUAAUAAUCUUGAGGAGAUGCAGCUGCUGCUUCUGAAGUACAGGGAAGAGAUCAUCUCAGCAAAAGUAGCCAAGGAACACACGGAGGAGACGCUGAAGAGUGAGAUUGUGUUCUUAAAAUCGCAGGUGAUGGGAGAGCAGCAGGAGAAAGCAACUCUGGAGGAGACCUUGACCCAGGAAAUUGGUGCCCUUCAAGCUAAAGUCGCUGAAAUAGAUGUACUGAAGAAAGAUCUGGAGCAGGAGGCCACGCUGAGGGCUGAAACAGAGACAAAACUCCGAGAGGCAGAGUCCUCUUUGAGGAGCAUCCAGGGCAAAUCUAAGCAGCUGAUCAGUAAAAUGCAGGAGAGGUUGGAGGAGAUGGAUAAGAAAAAGAGCAAGCUGGAAUCAGAGAACCAUGCACUGAGGACCAAAGUGCAGUCUCUACAAGUGGACUUGGACAACAGCGAGGCAGUGCAGAGAGAUUUUGUCAAGCUGUCCCAGUCACUGCAGAUUCAGUUGGAGAAAAUCCGCCAGGCAGAAAACGAGGUUCGGUGGCAACACGAAGAUGAUAUUGAUGAUUGUAAUAACUGUAAACAGCCUUUUUCUGUCACCAAGCGCAAGCACCAUUGCCGGCACUGCGGUAGGAUCUUCUGUGCUGACUGCACCACCAAAUCUGUGGUCAGUGGACCCAAUUUCCGGCAAGCCAAAGUCUGUGAUGUCUGCCACACAAUUCUAGUGAAAGACGCAACCCCAUACUUCAGUACAGAUCCCCCAGCCACACCAGAUUAA